AUGAAAACUAUAUCUAAAAAAAGUUACGGGCAAUAUCUUCCGAUUUUGAUCGUGGUGGUCGGUACCAACCAUCUUCGAUCGGGAGGCCAAAGAUACGACCUCGAGUCGUACAUUCUUUACGAGAACUACAACCGUACAACUCAGGCCAACGACCUGUGUUUAUUAAAAACAGCCACACCAAUCGUUUACAACGAUAAAGUUCAACCAGCCGAAGUGCUAAUCCAGGAAACGCCACCCGGUUCAAACCUCAUGUCGACUGGAUGGGGAGAAACGGGAACCGAUGGCGACAUUCCCCAGAAUCUGCAAAUGUUAAACUUCACAUCUAUAGGAACCCAGGAAUGCGAUCAUACCAGGAAUUCUACGGAAAACGUGGAUCUCUUUCCCCAUCACUGA